AUGGAAAAGAAAUCCAAUGAGAACUUCAGACAGUAUGCCCAGAGAUGGAGGGACAUAGUUGUACAAGUGCAUCCACCCAUUGAAGAAGAUGAGACAAUUGUGCUCUUUGUGAAUACUUUAAGGGCUCCUUUCUUUACUCACCUCAUAGAGAAUUCCUUCAAGAGCUUUGCUGACAUUGUCACAGCUGAUACAAGAUCAUCUAUACAAAACCAUGUCAGGCAAGGGAUAAGAGAGCCACAGUUUGAUCUAAUUCCUAUGACCUACAAGGAAUUAUUUCAUAUCUUGUAUGAUAAACAUGUAGUGUCACCUUAUCAUAUAUCACCUGUGCAACCUCCAUACCCUAAAUGGUACGAUACUAGCUUGCAAUGUGAAUAUCAUGCAGGAGCUCAUGGACACUCUAUUAAAAACUGUACGUCAUUUAAGAAACUUGUUCAAAGUCUUAGAAAUAGGAAUGUCAUCAAUUUUGGUGACAAUGAGAAACCUAAUGUGGCCCAAAAUCCAUUGCCAAACCACACAGAUUUCCGAGAUUUGGUACAAAAGGUGAUGGAUGAAAAAGAAAUGGAGUUCUUCAAGGAAGUAUCAGAAGAAGAGGAAAUGGAUAUUUGCACCUCUGAGAGAUCACCUAGAGGGAUCUACAAUUUUGAUUAUCUUCUAAUUGUUACACUAAUGAUUCACGUAUCAGAGAAAAUAACUCCAAAAGUGGUUAUAAUACCUCCAUCUCCAUUCCUGUAUAAAGAUGACAAACAAGUGCCAUGGAAAUAUGGUUGUAAGAUGGAUGAUAUAGUAGAAAAGGAUAAAGUAGACGAGUCGAGAGAAGAUGAACAUGUCAUCAAUGAGCCAGUAACUGAGAAUGAAGCUGUAGAAUUUCUGAAAUUUCUCAAACAUAGUGAAUACAAUAUUGUUGAACAAUUGCAUAAGUUGUCUGCUCGUAUAUCAGUCUUGGCACUUUUAUUAAGCUCUAAGGCACAUCAGAAUGCCUUACUGAAAGUGUUAAAUCAGACUUUUGUACCAAAAGAAUUGUCAGUAAAUAAGCUGGAUAGGUUGGUCGCAAACAUACAGGCUAUCAAUUUCAUUUUUUUUUCUGAAGAUGAAAUCCCCUCUGGGAUGAAUUGUAUUCCUAAAGCCCUGCAUAUCACGAUUAAGUGCAAAGGACAUAUUCUAUCUCGAGUGUUAGUUGAUAAUGGCUCCGCUUUAAAUGUAAUGCCAUUAGUGACUUUGAAGAAACUACCAGUUGAUAGCACACUCAUGAGAAAUAGUCAGAGCAUUGUUCGAGCUUUUGAUGGAACCAAAAGGGAAGUAUUAGGAAAGAUUGACAUUCCUUUAACUAUUGGCCCAACUACAUAUGAAGUGGAAUUCCUUGUGAUGGAUAUUAUACCCACUUACAAUUGCUUAUUGGGGAGGCCUUGGAUUCACUAG